CUAGUAAUAUACAUUUUUUCCUGCUGAACAAUGGAGAAAACCCAAACCUUUAUUUUUCAUAAGGAAGAUGAUCUGCUCUGCGUGCUUCCCCUGUUCCAUAUUUAUUCCCUUAACUCUGUUUUGCUUUGUGGGCUGUGUGCCUGGUUGGCUAUUGUGAUAAUGAUGAAGUUUGUCCUCAUGAAGUUGAUGGAGUUGGUGGAGAAGUACAGGGUUACGGUGGCACCAUUUGUGCCGCCCAUAGUGGUGGAGAUGCUGAAGAGUGAGGCGGUGGACACCUAUGACUUGUCGUCAUUGAGGAUGGUGAUGUCAGGCGCGGUGCCGAUGGGGAAGGAAUUGCAGGAUAUGCUCACAGGCUGCUUACGUUGAUGGUGUUCAUGAUAAUGAUUAUGUCGUCAGUUUCCGAUUGGGCACGAAGGCGAUCAGCGAGGAUAUCGAAAGCCAGAAGCGAUCA